AUGUACACCUCUCCUACUCCUACUUCAAUCUUUGUAAAUAACUCGACUCGCCUCGUACGACCCCAGACAUUACCACGUAUCUCCUCACCUGUUUACAAUUUCUCUCCCGCAUCGGUAGCAAGGCAGCAAAGGAUGUUUGCCCUCUCAGCGCAUCGACGCGAUCAACCCAAGACAUUCUCCAAUCAAUCGAAAUUACCUAGAUUACCUGUACCAGAUCUAGAAAAGAGCUUAGAAGGGUAUUUGAAGAGUCUCGGACCGAUAUUGGAGCAGACCUAUGACGCCUCGGCCUUAUCAAACGAAAUUGAAAAACGGAAAUUGUUUGCUAAAGAUUUCGCAGCCCCCGGUGGAAUAGGUAGAACCCUACAAGAAAGAUUGAAAAAUCUCGACCACGUCUCACCGAAUAAUUGGCUCAACGAUACUCUCUGGCUCGGACUGGCUUAUCACACCUGGCGAGCACCAUUACUAGUCAAUUCAAACUGGUGGUUACUCUUUGCUCCUGAUCCUUCUGACCCCAUUCCACCUGUCGCAUCCGGCUCAUCAUCCAAGGUAGAAGCUCCAGAACCCAAUUCGAAUCCGAAACAAGCUGCUUCUGCGGGAAGUCAGCGAGGUGGACAAGGUUGGAUAGAUAGUAAGAAGGGGAAAUUCGACGGACCAGUGGAAUGGGAGAAAGUGGUUAAGAGAGAAUGGAUAAGUGAUUGGCAGAUCAGGAAAGCUGCUUGGUUAGCUAGGAGGUUUGCUGAGUUCAGGACGAAGUUGCUCAAAGAAGAGAUCUUGCCGGACUCUUCGAAAGCUGGACCUUUUGAUAUGCAUCAGUAUUCUCGAAUGUUCAACCUUUCCCGAAUACCUUUACCGAACAGUGAUGCCUUCUCAGUAGUCGAUAAUAAAGCUACUCAUCUUACACUGAUGGUCGACGAUUAUAUCUAUUCUAUCGAUAUCUUCUCACCUCCUUCAAUCGAAGGUGUACCAGAACCACUGUCUCCUUCGGAGAUUCAACAGAGGUUCAAGGCUGCCGUUGAUGAUGCUAAGCAGCGUAAGGAUGGUGGAGAAAGAGCGGAUCAAAUCGGCGUAUUGACCGCUGACGAGAGAGAUAACUGGACGAAGAAUCGAGAACAUCUGCUCCUCCUCUCACCAAACAACCGAUCAACCCUCAAUUCCAUCUCUUCUUCCCUUAUCGUCCUAUCUCUCGACCCAUACACUCUACCUUCCAUCCCAUCUGAAGAUCCCCUUCGACUACCCUCUGUCGAUGCUCAAGUACGCAACACAGCUUCUGGAAUAGAUGGAGCACGGAACAGAUGGUUCGAUAAAGCUGUAUCAGUCAUGAUGGAAACCAAUGGCAGAGCGGGAAUAAUGGGUGAACAUUCCCCGGUGGACGCGCUCAUCCCAUCUAUCGUGGGAGAAUACGUCCUUGCAUCUCCCGUAGAUCAAUCUCAAUUCCAUGAGGGAACCAGCUCGAGCACUUCCGAGGGAUGGAAGAAGCUGGAUUGGGUGGUUGACGAGGAAAUUGCAAAAGAGAUUCAAGGAUGUAAAGAGAGGAAUCAGAAACUGAUCGAUGAUUCCGAUGCGAGUCAAUUAUGGUGGAAUGAGUAUGGGGCGGAAUGGAUAAAGGCUGUUGCUAAACAAUCACCUGAUGCGUAUAUUCAACAAGCCCUUCAAUUAGCAUGGUACAGAGAUCAAGGAUAUGCCACUGCUACUUAUGAGACGGCAUCGACUCGGAUGAUGUUACAUGGUAGGACCGAUGUGAUCAGGAGUCUGAGUAGUGAAAGUAGGAGUUUCGUCAAGAGUAUGCUCGAUGAAAAGGCUGAUGACUCCAAACGAUAUUCGUUAUUGACCGAAGCAUGCAAAGCCCACAAUUUCCUUACUCGUCAGUCAUCACAGGGAAACGGAUAUGAUCGACAUCUGAUGGGACUGAAAGUCCAUUUACGGGCUGGUGAGAGUCAUGCAUUGUUCGAUGAUGAAAUAUACGCCAAAUCUCAGGAAUGGAAGUUAUCUACAUCGGGAUUGAGUGCGGGUGGAAAGUUCAUGGGUACUGGGUUCGGAGCUGCUUGGCCUGAUGGAUAUGGAAUCAAUUAUCUCGCUGGUCCAUACUUGGUAAAGUUUGGUAUCGAAUCGAAAUUCUCCUGCGACAAGACUUCCACUCAGAGAUUCAAACAUAAUAUCGUACAGGCUUUGAGGGAUAUGAGGAAGGUUUGUGAGGCGGCAGGAGAAGAGAGUAAAGCGAGAUUAUGA